CCUGAAGUCUUGGAGAAUAUGGCCCUAUGCCUCUGUUUUUUGUCAGUCUGUGCGACAGACCCAGAGUAGUCUGGUAACUCGCCUUAGUGACAGGCGAGUUACCAGCCAGCGCGCUCCAGCACAGGCUUUAAUGCCCCGAGUGUCUUCUAAUUGGGUUAUGGGUAGUUGUGAGGAUCAAAUGAAGGAGAAAGUGCUUUAGAAACUGUAAGUCCCCAUCGUUAUGAGUGGCCUCUGGUUAUCUCCCUGACUGCCCAAAUCGAAGGAACCAUUCCAGGUUGUAAUAGAUGCCCUGAAGAUUGGAGGCUGGUGCUUCUACCUGGAACUCCAACAAGUUUCUGAUGUCUUGGCUAAGCAGGGUAGGGUUUAGGGGCUGUGAUAGAAUUAACUUAUUAAACCUUAUCUACAGUGGACUUAGUUGUAGAGCAUUUCAUUUUUUUAACGCAUAGAAAAUUCAGACUACCAUUUGAGUUUGGAAAAACUUUGCAGAUUUACUUAACACUUGUUUACAUAGCUGAAUGAUUAAACCACACCUUAAUUUGCCUCUUGGAGUAUUUCUUAAAGGCCUUCAUAAUCAAAUUUCAUAUGCCUUUAAAAAAUAAAUUGGUUUUGCCCCAUUAAUAUUAUUUGAUAAACCUCAGUGUGAGUGUUACACUGGGUUACUGCAGCUAUGUCCCCAGGCUAAAGGCAUGAUCAGGUUUUUAGGAAUGUAACAGACUUCUGUUCAAAUCCAGUCUAGUAAUUUAAUAGUUGUACAACCGUGGGCAAAUUGCUUGUUCCUUUAGACUUUCAUUCCCUCAUUUAUAAAAUGAGGGUAAUAAUAAUUAUGUGCUGCAAGUUUGUUGUGAGAAUGAAAUGAGAUAAUCUAUGUGAGAAAACUUGUAGAGAAUAAUGUGUUAUAGAUACUCAACAAAUAUUUCUUCCCUCUCUCCCCUGUUAAUAACUCAUAAUUGAAUCAACUGUUGCUUUUAUGAGCUGAUAAUGAAAGGACUAUGUAAGUGUGUAUACAAACUAAAUUUCAUGGAAAAGAUCAAUCUGGUGGUGUUAGGAACAUCCCGGAGACUCUUUUUAUUUUUGGUUUGAUUUUAGCUUUUGCAGGUUUGAGGGCUUAUCAGUUCACCUAGGAUUGUGGAAAAUUAAUUCUCAUUUAUAAGACACUAGUGAGUAAACCAAAAUGUCACAUAGAUAUUUUUUGUUGACUGUAAUAUUUUCUUGUCUGCUGUCUAGCAAACUCCUUUUUUGGUGUCACAGUACCUUGGAAACCCAAUUAAUAACAAGAAGCUGCUUGCUGAGCAUGGAAUCAGAGCAAAGGGAGUUGGUAAUCUUGUGGGUUAUUUCAUCCAGGCUGUUUAAGAAUCCAGAGAAGCUUUCCUGCUUCUUUGUUAAAGCUCAUGGAUGCAGUGCCAGUGCCCUCCCUCUCUGGAACAAUCACUGAAGCAUGCUUAGUCUUGCUCUGCUCUCCCUCGUCCAAUUUCAAUUUCUGACAACAAUAACUUGGAAAUAGAUUUAAUUAGAUUACCAUUUAUUUUGCUUGCAUUAAUGAUAACUUUUAUUUUUAUACUGCUUUACCGUUUGGAAAGUGCCUUCACAGCUGUUAGCUCAUUUGAUCCUCUGUGAGAUAGGCAAGGCAGGUAUUAUCCCCAUCUUACAGAUGAGAAAAGAGGUUCAGAGAGCUUCAGUGACUUUACCAAGGUCUCAAGGCUGAGUGAUGAAAUGAGGAUGAGUCUCAGUCCUCUGACUCCUAGUCUAAUGCCCUCCUCUUCUUUUUAGCUGGCUUCAUCUGGUUUAUGUUGGGUUAUAUUUGUUACCUUUUUGAAAGAUGUAGUUCUCUGACUUGGUCACCAAAUUUUGGAGAUGCUCCCAAUAUAAAGACCUUUGAGCACUGGCUAUAACAUUUAUGCAAGUGCAGUCAUAAUAGCUAACAGUGACCAUGUGCUUACUAUUCUGAGGCACUGUGCUAAGCCUUUUGUAUACACCAUCUCAUGGGAUCCUCACAGUAGCCUUAGGAGAUAGUUGCUGUUUUUACCACAUCUCCAUUUUAGAUGAGGCCACUGAGGCACAGAGAGGCUAAGAAACUGGCCCUAGGUCAUGCAGUUAGGGAGUGGUAAAACCAGGAUUGAAACCCAGGUGGUUUGCUUCCAGAGCCUUAGUCACUGUGCUUGUUUCUUCAUAAAUAUUUUUGAUAAUUCAAAUAAACCAGCUUUUGGAAAAGAAUAUAGAAUAUAGUUUUUAGAAUGUAGUUUUCUAAAUAAAUCUUCUAAACUUAUGAAAAGAAAUGAUCACUCACCUUCUAACUUUUCUCUCUUGCCAGGGAAAAGAAACACACUAUUUACUUUUCUCUGCUUCUUAAUCUCUUUUCUUUCAUUUUCUCUGCCUCUGUCUCUUUGACAUAAAAUACUUCAGAGAGGUAUAGAUGCCAUAGGAUUGUGAAGAAUAUUGGGGGGAAAAAAGCACUGGACUGGAAAUUAGGAGACCUAGAUUCUAGUCAUGAUUUAAAAUCAAAGUUGUGUAUCCUUGGGCAAGUCACUUGAUCCAGAUUUCUGUUUCUAAAUGUAUACCAUAAAGUUGGAUUUGUGAUUCAAUGAUUACUUAAGUGUAUCUUGGAAUAUGCAGGACUGACUUAUCUAUAUGAUUUAAUUGGGUUAGUUCAGCAUGCCUGUCCACCUCCGAUACUAUUUAUUACUUACCUUUUACUUUGUUUAUAAACACCUUAUCACACCAGAGUAGAUCUUGUCCACCAGAAGAGGAACUCAACCCCAAGCUAUAAUAAUAUUUUUAUUAUGAAUUGUGUCCUUUUGCUUUAAUGAAAAAUAAUUGUCAAUUCUUUUGUUUUAGAAAUGACUAGGCUUCUGUUUGGUUUCUGUCUGAAACUGCUACUCAGAUUGUUGGUGCUGUUCAGUUCAACAUUUGUUGAAUUCCUACAAUGUGCUCGCCAUUGAAUUAGGUAUUGAGAAGGCAACAAUGAACUAGAAGUCAAUUUCUUCUAAGAGUUUACAGUCUAGUCGAGGAGAUAAUAGUUUAACAAGUUGUUUCUACGUACUUGUGCAAGUGCUCCCUUAUACAGAGGGUCUUGGAAACACAGAGGAUUCAUUGUCCAGUUUGGGAGACUGUGGGAAGUCUUUCUGAGGAGGUCACACUUGACGUGAGUUUUGGAGGAUGAGUAUAAUUUAAGGGAAGAAUGAACAAUGAAUUUAAUACGUGAAAAGAUUUUCAGUACUUUAAGAAUUAGUAUGUGGUGAUCUGUCAACACAAAUUUCAUUGAAGUAUUUGCUUUGAUUUUCCUGUGAUGUUGGACCAGAACAGCUUCUUGCUUUGAAGUUUUCUCUCCUUAGUGAAUUAUCUUUGUUCUUGGUGAAAUACAAUUGCAACAAGAGAAUGUGUUGUAACUUUCCUUUGCAAUCACAGCUCACUUUACUCCACACCUAUUCAUAGCAGAAAAGAUGUUUAUUUUUUAGGCCAGUGUCCAUUUGACAUUAUCAUCAAAAAGGAGUAAGAUUUUCUGUAGACAGAUGUUUACCAGACUGUGUUUCCCUAAAUCCUUAUCUACUGAAAAUUGAUAGAUGUUGAUUUUACAAACAGAGAGAGUUAGUGUGUGUGCGUGUGUGUGUGUGUGCAUGCACGUGUGUCUGUGUUCUGGAGAAAAAUAAGUUGGGUAAAUGAUGAGUUAAACAGGUUAUUUAUUACAUGACUUAUUAGAGAAUUUAAUAUGAUAAUAUAUAUUGGAAUUUUAAGAAGAGGAGAGAAUAGGCAGUUUCUUUAGCUUAUGGGAUCCUUUCUUUUUACAGAAUAUCUUGUGAGCCAUCAGUGGAAUGAUUUGGAAUGACUGCUCUGUCUAGACCAAGGUUUCUCAGCCUCAGUGCUGUUUGAUACUUUGGGCUGAAUGCCUCUUUGUUGGGGGUGGCUGUCCUGUGCAUUGUUGGAUGUUUAGCUGUAUCCCUGGCCCCUACCCAUUACAUGUCAGUAUCACCUCCCCCUGCAAGUUGUCACAAACAAAAAGGUCUCCAGAAGCUUGCAAAUGUUUACUGGGGAGCAAAAACUCCCCCAGGUUGAGAACCACUGGUCUCCACUGUAAGUUCCUUGAAGGCAGAGGGGGCUCUUUUUCCUGAGUCCACAGUACAGGUUAGACAUGUAAUAAAUGAGUAAAUGUCUGUUGAAGAAAUAAACUGGACUUUAUGAUCAAGAAAUAUCAGAUUGUCCAAAUUUUUAAAAUAUCAGGUUAUAGACAAGAAAGUCUAGCAUUAUUGGUGUUGUUUCACUACUUAAAUUAGCAAUUAAAUUGAUAAAUAUAGCUGCUGUUUAAUCUCCUACAGUCUGUGCAAACUAUAAUAAAGUAGAUUAAUUUGUGGAGGAUUAAUGGAUCAUCUCCAGCCUUAACAGGUGAUGGCCCCCAGAGUUUAGAAAUGGUACUAAGAUGGUACUAUUAAAAUGCACAUAAUUUUAUAAGCCUAGCUAUGGAUCUACUGAUGCUGAUAAAAGAUUUUGUACAGUAGACUGCCUCUGAGAUACAGUAUACCUCAUCAUACUAUAUCUAAUGUUGAUGUCCUCCAUAUUCAAAACAAUAGCAACAUGGCAAAAUAUUUAGAAAUCUAGAGAACCUUAGGUCAAAAGACAUUCCAAACUCUUUAUAUCAGAUUAUGUUCAGUGAAUAAUAAGAUCUCAGUGAUUGUAGCUGUUACCAGCCCAUCAUCAUCAUGAUCUGAAGGGAAUGUUAUCCUUCACAACCAAAGAGCACAUCAAAUGUCUUUCAAUCUCUUCAGGGCCUCCAGCCAGCCUGUUUCAGCCACCUCGUCGUCCUGGCCUUGGAACUGUUGGAAAACCAAUUCGACUGUUAGCCAAUCAUUUUCAGGUUCAGAUUCCUAAAAUAGAUGUGUAUCAUUAUGAUGUCGACAUUAAACCAGAAAAACGGCCUCGUAGAGUCAACAGGGAGGUAGUGGAUACAAUGGUGCGGCACUUCAAGAUGCAAAUAUUUGGUGACCGGCAGCCUGGCUAUGAUGGCAAAAGAAACAUGUACACAGCACAUCCACUGCCAAUUGGACGGGAUAGGGUUGAUAUGGAAGUGACCCUUCCAGGUGAGGGUAAAGACCAAACCUUUAAAGUGUCUGUUCAGUGGGUGUCAGUUGUGAGCCUUCAGUUACUUUUAGAAGCUUUGGCCGGGCACUUGAAUGAAGUCCCAGAUGACUCAGUACAAGCACUUGAUGUUAUCACAAGACACCUUCCCUCCAUGAGGUACACUCCGGUGGGGCGCUCCUUUUUCUCACCUCCAGAGGGUUACUACCACCCUCUGGGAGGGGGCAGGGAGGUUUGGUUUGGCUUUCAUCAGUCUGUGAGACCUGCCAUGUGGAAUAUGAUGCUCAAUAUUGACGUAUCUGCAACUGCUUUCUAUCGGGCUCAGCCUAUCAUUGAGUUCAUGUGUGAGGUUUUAGACAUUCAGAACAUCAAUGAACAGACCAAACCUCUAACAGACUCCCAGCGUGUCAAGUUUACCAAAGAAAUCAGAGGUCUUAAAGUUGAAGUAACCCACUGUGGACAGAUGAAACGAAAAUAUCGAGUUUGUAAUGUGACUAGACGGCCAGCCAGUCAUCAAACUUUUCCCUUACAGCUAGAAAAUGGCCAAGCUAUGGAAUGUACAGUAGCUCAAUAUUUUAAGCAAAAGUAUAGUCUGCAGCUGAAAUAUCCCCAUCUUCCCUGUCUCCAAGUGGGACAAGAACAAAAGCAUACAUACUUGCCACUUGAGGUCUGUAAUAUAGUGGCAGGACAGCGAUGUAUAAAGAAGCUCACAGACAAUCAGACUUCUACGAUGAUCAAAGCCACAGCAAGAUCUGCUCCUGACAGACAGGAAGAAAUCAGUAGACUGGUGAAGAGUAACAGCAUGGUGGGUGGACCUGAUCCAUACCUUAAAGAAUUUGGUAUUGUUGUCCACAAUGAAAUGACAGAGCUCACAGGCAGGGUACUUCCAGCACCAAUGCUGCAGUAUGGAGGCCGGAAUAAAACGGUAGCCACACCCAACCAGGGUGUCUGGGACAUGCGAGGAAAGCAGUUUUAUGCUGGCAUUGAAAUUAAAGUUUGGGCAGUUGCUUGUUUUGCGCCUCAGAAACAAUGUAGGGAAGAUUUACUAAAGAGUUUCACUGACCAGCUCCGUAAAAUUUCUAAGGAUGCUGGAAUGCCUAUCCAGGGUCAGCCAUGUUUUUGCAAGUACGCGCAAGGUGCAGACAGCGUGGAGCCUAUGUUUAAGCACCUGAAAAUGACCUAUGUGGGCCUACAGCUAAUAGUGGUUAUCUUGCCUGGGAAGACACCAGUAUAUGCGGAGGUGAAACGUGUUGGAGAUACUCUCCUGGGUAUGGCUACACAGUGUGUCCAGGUAAAAAAUGUAGUGAAGACCUCACCUCAAACCCUUUCCAACCUUUGCCUGAAGAUAAAUGCAAAGCUUGGAGGAAUUAACAACGUGCUCGUACCUCAUCAAAGGCCCUCGGUGUUCCAGCAGCCCGUCAUCUUCCUGGGAGCAGAUGUCACGCACCCCCCAGCAGGGGAUGGGAAGAAGCCUUCCAUCGCAGCAGUGGUUGGCAGUAUGGACGGCCAUCCCAGCCGGUACUGUGCCACCGUUCGGGUGCAGACCUCCCGCCAGGAGAUCUCUCAGGAGCUCCUCUAUAGUCAGGAGGUAAUCCAGGACCUCACUAACAUGGUUCGAGAGCUGCUGAUCCAGUUCUACAAAUCCACACGCUUCAAACCCACUCGGAUCAUCUAUUACCGUGGAGGGGUAUCCGAGGGACAGAUGAAACAGGUAGCUUGGCCAGAACUAAUAGCAAUUCGAAAGGCAUGUAUUAGCUUGGAAGAAGAUUACCGGCCAGGAAUAACCUAUAUUGUGGUGCAGAAAAGACAUCACACACGACUCUUCUGUGCAGAUAAAACAGAAAGGGUGGGUAAAAGUGGCAAUGUACCAGCAGGCACUACCGUGGAUAGCACCAUUACACAUCCAUCUGAGUUUGACUUUUACCUCUGUAGUCAUGCAGGAAUUCAGGGAACCAGCCGUCCUUCACAUUACCAGGUCUUGUGGGAUGACAAUUGCUUCACUGCAGAUGAGCUCCAGCUACUAACUUACCAGCUGUGUCACACCUAUGUGCGGUGCACGCGCUCAGUCUCUAUUCCAGCCCCUGCCUAUUAUGCCCGGCUUGUAGCAUUCAGGGCAAGGUAUCAUCUGGUGGAUAAAGAUCAUGACAGUGCGGAAGGCAGUCACGUGUCAGGACAGAGCAAUGGCCGAGAUCCUCAGGCCUUGGCUAAAGCUGUGCAGAUCCACCAUGAUACCCAGCACACAAUGUAUUUUGCCUGAGAGUCUCAGAAAAAAAACUCAACCAAUUUGACACCCCAUGCAGCCUCAAAAUAUUUCAAAUGCCUACUGCCUCUAGAGAGCCAAGUUGACUUCAGAUGGUCUUCUACCAGCAACACGAAAUAGUUGCACUGAAUCUAUACUUUGCAGUGCUGUCUGAUGCAUCAACAAAAUUGAGCCAUUUUUUUAAAAGUAAUAGGUACUCAUAGAUUGUCUUUUCUGAUGCACUGGACUGAAUUUUUACCUCAUCAUGUAAAGGCUGAUCAGCCUGAACUUUCUAAAGGACUUUACAAGAAAGGUUUCUAUGGAAUAUUUUGCUAGCUGUGGUGUUCACCGCAUCCCUCUAGUCUUACAAGAGAAGGUUAUUUCUUUUUUUCUGUAUUCAUCGAGUGGGGUGUGUGCAUAAAUGGGAGAGAAAAACCAAACAAUCUACUUCAGUUCAGUGUAACUAUUUAAUUGUGUGGGUCCAUAGAGUUUUUAAUGGAGAUUUCUGACUUUGCCACUGUAAAUGCCUUUAACGAGCAUUAAUUUUUGAAAGUUUUACAGAGUUUUAUUAGUUUUAUUACUUUAUCUUUUUAUCUCUACAGACUUGUGUUGGUGCAAGUACAGGCUGCCAGGCAAUUGCACUAAAUUUGGCUGCAGAUUCAGACAGGCAGUUAUCUUAUUUGGUUGACUUUUGUGAAUGUGUAACACAAACCGAUGUAAUGCAUGUCACGGUGACAGAUAACACUGCCAUGGUAAAAGUACUCAUGUUUCCCCCACUUAGAAAAAAAAUUAGCUUUUAGUAUUUUUCAAAGUUUUCAAAAGUGCCCAUUUUAUGCUGCUGUGUGGUUUGUUAGAGCUAAAUGAUUUUUAAACUUUUCUCAUAGAAAGUUAACUUUGGCAAUAAACAUUUUUUAAGGUCCCUCCUCUUCCUCCCCCUGACAAUGUAGUUUUUUAGAUGAGAUUUCGGUAUGAUUUUUAUCAGCUAUUUCUUAUAGAUCAUAAUCUGGCAAUUUCUGAAACCGAUCAGAAAAAACAUAUAUUUCCUUCUUUUUAAAGAAUUAUUUUUAUCUGUUUUAUAGUCACAGUUGGUGUCCUGUCACUUCGUUUUAAAAUAAGCUAGAACCAGGAUGCUUCCUUAUUGGAUAGGCUUUUGUCAAUCCUCAAGGUACAUUGAGUGAUGCUGCAACUUGCAAAAAAUGUACCAGCAUUUAAAACCUUUUUCCCUGGGAAUCAAGGUUACUCACACAACUACUUGCAGUGCAAAUUUUCUGUUUCUCUUUCAACCUGAAAUAUAUUUGGUGGAGUUUCCUUCCUUUUAUUAAACAAAAACUGCAUAGAAAAGGUUGAUUUUUCUUAAUAGAUUCUGGAUUCAGUUCACAGGGAGAUGGGAUUCCUUUCUUGUCCAAACAAAAAGAGUUGAUCUAAAGCAAGCAUCAGUUAAAAUGUAGGGGUAAUGUAUUUUGUAUUUAGUGUAGAUAACACUUUGUGAAUGGACAACAGUUACAUAGAGUCUUGAUAGUUCCAGCCAGUGUUUCCCAGCCCAAAUUUUAGUGACUUGUAAUUCUUUGUCUUGGAACAUCAGGAGUGAAAGCUGGAGAGGAGGAUAAAAGGCCCAGAGCCACUCUAUAUGACUGAGGAAGGUGCUGGGGGAAGAGAUAGAUGCUACAUGGUAAAACGAUUUUGCCACCUCUGUCUGCAAACUGCUGGUGGGGGAAACACUGGAUCUAACGGUGAAGGAUGUUUGCUUGAACUCAUUAGCUGGUCCAAAUCUCUUAAACUAGCCUUCUCAAAAUCCCAGCAAUAUAAAGCACUGUUUCUCUUCAGUCUUUUAAACAAGCUUGUAAAUACAUUAAAGUUUACAUUUCUAUGUGCUGUUGAUCAGCAGCUCCACCAGUGUUUGCUGAGACUGGUCUCUGAGAGUUUUAUAAUGUAUAUCAAGUCCUAAAGCUCAUUAAGAUAGGAGUGCAGACAUCCUUGUUCUCUGCAUAGAGUGGGAUGAAAGCAAGCGCUGUAACUGAGGCACAGCAUAGGCAGGAGUGCAGAAGAUGGCAGGUGUUAAUUUCUUAAGAUUUUCCUUUUUUGCAAAUACCUCACUUGGAUACUACAAAUCAGGACAUGUUGGUGAGGGGGCUGGCUGCUGCUUUUUAUUCACACUUGUUCAGGGAGAGCACAGAAAAUACCCUUCAGCUUGGCCACCGUGGACCCAAGAGGAGGAAGAACAGAAGCUUUUUUUAGAAGAACUGGCUGGAGUCCAGGAUGUGAGGAACUCUUGGAGGCUGGCUGGCUGGCCAGUGGGCACCACACCUGCACUUGUGUGCCUCGGACUUGCUUGAUAAUAAUGCACAGAAGAAGCAUCACUUCUCACCAUCUCCUGGCAUGUAUUGGAGCAGGGAGCGAGGCAGAGUGCCAGGAAGCCCUGACUUGCUUUCCUGCAAUUGGGCUAUACGCUCGACCUUGAACUAUAGUUUAUAUGAAACUCAGUCAGUCCUAGUACACUGUGGGCAAAUCAGUGUGGCAGAGGAGGAAAAGCCAGGAGGCCUAUUUUAUAGGAAAACAGUACCUUUAAGGGUGCAAUGCUGUCGUUUUGGACAAACGGAAAGAAAUAUGGAAGAACUAGAGUUGUUGGGAAAAACUUGCUGAGGGGUGAAUUUUUAAGAGGGAAUCACUGCAGAAACAGAGUUGCAGCAAUACUAUUGCAAGCAAGUCUGAAUGCAUGGUUUUAAUUCAGCUUGACAAUUUGAAUACUUUAACCUCUUGGGACUGACUGAAUCAUUAUGCAUGUGUCAAUCAAUGGGAGGUGUGCAUUCUCUAGAAGUAGGUUUAGGCUGUUUGUUUUUUUUAAAUGCAGUCUGUUUAGGCACUGUCAUGUGGUAUGAAAGAUUUAAAUGUAGCAAUGCUAAAGAGUAACAAUUUGGGGCUAAGGGGCAGGGGACAUUAAAAGAGUGGUGAAGAUCCAAAUGUUGAAUCAGGUAUGUUUUGUUGUUGUUGUUAGCUGUAACAUGAACUAGCUGGCCUAAAACAGCCAGCAGUCUGGGCAGGCAGAACACAAUCAUUCUUACUGUAAAUUCUAUUUGCUGCUUCCAAAGGUGAUGAUUUACAAGCAGACAUAUUCUAUAUGGUCUGUAUUUUAGGAUCUGGUGCCCAGCCUAUAUCAGAGCUUACCUACCUGGCUCAGCUACCUACUCUUCCUGUGGGAAAAGGUAAUGCACUGUUUAACAAGGCUCACCCUCUCUGCUCUGCCCUAGCUACCCUUUGUGGAUGUGCUGUAAGAUUUUCUUGCUCAAUAGCAAGGCAGUAGCUCUGCUUUCAUUUUAAGAAAGUGGAGGCUGAGGGCAUUGUAUCAAUACUGCAUCAACUCCAAGGAUUUUUCCUUGUAAAAUUAAAGGGAAGAUCUUGUUAUUGAUUAACCAUUUUCUUAUCCCUUGCUAUUGACAUAUUCAUACUCUUUCUAUGUCUAGUGGCUGAAAAAUGUUUGCAUUUGUUCAUUUGACUGAUGGUGUCAUUUUUGUUUCUAUAUUGUUAGGCCUGUAAUGUUUUAAUAUGUAUUUUAUUAAAUUUGGACUGAAUGUCUCUAGCAAUACGAGGUACUUUCUAAACUAUUGAGGGAUGGGUGGUAUCCCCCUGUUGAGAUAAGAUGAUGGUUGUUUCAAUUUUGCAAUUUUUUUUGGCCUGCAGGGAUAUUUUGUGUUCAUGUGUCCAAAAAAGAAUAAAUUGGCAUUCUUGUGCCAAACGU